GAAGAAGAAGAAGAAGAAAGAAAAGGGGAAAAAAAGAAAAAGGUUGUGGGUUGUUGGGGCUGUCUUCUUGAGUUCCUGACGACUUUCUCUGAGUGGGAGCAGUCGCUGAAACCAGGAAGAUUAAUACACGCCGAGUGGAAAGCAACCGAGCCAGUCUGCUGUCCACAUUUCACACCAGUCGAGCUUAUCUUUGAACCAAAAAAAACAGUCCCAGCUGUGUCAAGUCGACGCUGAAAUGGACCCAGCCAGUCAAGAUAUAAACCUGAACUCUCCUAACAAGGGCCUCGUCGUGGAUCAUUCAGACAGCUUGUCCGACGUGCCGGUUGAGGGGGCUGUGGAGGGGGCGGUGGGUAACGCAGCCAACCCUCUCCCACCGGGCCUGACCGAGGAAGAGGCUGAGGAGCUCCGCACAGAGCUCACCAAGGUGGAGGAGGAGAUCAACACCCUGCGUCAGGUUUUGUCAGCCAAAGAGAGACACGCCACAGAGCUGAAGAGGAAACUUGGCCUCAGCCCGCUCACCGAACUCAAGCAGAACCUCACCAAGAGCUGGCAAGACGUACAGACCUCCAACGCAUAUCUGUCUGCCUCAGCCACUUUGGAUGACAUUGCCCGCUCUGAAGCAUACAAGAAGACUCAGGAGACUCUUUCCCAGGCGGGACAGAAGACUAGUGCAGCUCUCACCACAGUGGGCACGGUCAUCAGCAAGAGACUGGGCGACAUGAGAGCUCUACCUUUCUCUAAUUCCUUUAGUAGCAACUAUUCCAUUCGCCACUCGAUAAGUAUGCCUGCCAUGAGGAACUCUGCAACCUUCAAGUCCUUUGAGGAUAAAGUGGGGAACCUGAAGUACAAGGUCGUGGGCCCCAAAGGGAACGGAGAGGCCGUCACCUCCCCCACUGACACCACCCCCACUCAGGAGAACCCACCUUUCUGAACGCAUCCUGCUCUCCUCCCCCGCCUCUUCCUCCUCCUCCUUGCCGCCACCUUCCUCACGACCUGAGACUGUACUGUUAUCGCCUCACCGACUCGCCACCACUCAGUUGCCCCGAGGUCUGUAGAUGCAGGUGGGGGUGGGGGGGUGAAGGACUCGUGGGUUUGGGGUCGCUGCUGGACCCACGGCCUCCACUCCUCUGCCUCGCUGUCCAGGAAAAGGAAACAUGUUUUGUUGAUGUCUAAACCUGAAUAAUUUACAGACCCCCGUUAGACCUUGUCAUUAGUCCAAAUGAGUCGUCUCCUGCCCUCUUCACAGGCCUUCCUUUAAGCAGGGAGCUGCUGUUUUCAGCCAGUCUCCUGGCUAAAGAGAAGGCUAAAAGGCAUUAUUAAGAAGUCUAAAUGAGAAUUUUCACUUUUAAUUCUGGGAUUGGCUGUUUGUUAAGAUAAGCCCUGCAGUGGCUGCAGUCAAAAAGUAACUCUGCAGGUGCAUUUUUUUGGGCCCCAACUCCCGAGUUUAGGAACCAGGAUCUCUGCAGACCGAAGGCGGAGGAGCAUUUGACGGGCAUAAGCAAGAUGGUGGUCUAUAACUACUACUGUUUGUGGCUUCUUGUUUUCUGACUGCUGUCAUGUACUUUAACGAUGCAUUCGCACUGUGACCACAUACUAGUGUCACCACCGUAUCCCCAGGUUUUUCCCCUCAAACUUGUUCAGAGUUCUCUUGACAGCUCAGCGGAUGCCCGCUGUGUGAACGCAGGCUACACCUGCAGGUUAGAGCUUAGUGGUUUGACUGGGGGAGGGGUCCAGCACAUCUCACCCCUCUUAGACCUUCUACUGCUACAUGCAUGUGCAUAUCUCAUCUCAGUUGUACCAUAGCAACCAUGCAAAGAAGACCAAGGUCUCGCGUAACGCCCUAAAAACACCCCCAGGAUGUAAAAACGGAGAAAAAAAAACAACAACCCUCAAACCAUUUUGUAUUACAAACUAUUUUACACUGCUUUGCAUAAUGUUUUUACAUAACUUUUA